CUCACAGUUAUGGGCCGCAACAAGAAGAAGAAGCGAGAUGGCGACAACCGGCGGCCGCGGCUCGUCCUCAGCUUCGACGAGGAGAAGCGGCGGGAGUACCUGACAGGCUUCCACAAGCGGAAGGUGGAGCGGAAGAAGGCAGCCAUAGAGGAGAUCAAGCAGCGGCUCAAGCAGGAGCAGAAGAAGCUCCGAGAGGAGCGCCACCAGGAAUACUUGAAGAUGCUGGCAGAGAGAGAGGAGGCGCUGGAGGAGGCAGAUGAACUGGACCGGCUGGUAACAGCAAAGACAGAGUCAGUACAGUAUGACCACCCCAACCACACAGUCACCGUGACCACCAUCAGCAACCUGGACCUCUCGGGGGCCCGGCUGCUGGGAUUGCCUCUGCCUGAGCAAGGGGCCCAGCCGGGGUCUGAGGAGGAGGUGUCAUCCAUGGAGAAGCUGACCAAAGCCUUACCCAGAAAAUCCAGAGAACCCCUGCUAUCCCAGCGGAUCUCCUCUCUCACAGCAUCACUGCAUGCACACAGUCGAAGAAAAGUCAAGAAGAAACAUCCUCGAUGGGCCCAGGACUCCACCAAGAAGCCCCCAAGUACCACUCGUACCAGCAAGACCCAGCGCCGCCGGCUGACCGGCAAAGCCCGGCACAACGGAGAGUGAGUCCGAGAACCAGGCCAGGCCCCAGCCUAGGCUGCAAGGAUCUGUCCUGUCUCUGCUUGGCUGUCUCUGUAACCCAGCCUGCACUGAGCCCAGGGGCUUUUGCCCAAGAAGUAGCAGGCAGCUGAGAACUGGCCUCCCUCAGGAGGAGCCGUCUGAGCCACAUUUGGGGCACCUUCCCAUGUGUACACCCCACUGCCUUCAUCAGAGUUUUGAACUAGCUGCA